CGCCGAAGGGUGGGGCGCCCGCCAGGUCGCUCUUCGGCGCAUGCGCCCCGCGUAUCCGCUCGCCUCUUCUUCCCCCCCCCACCCCGGCGCCAUGUAUGACCGGGCUCCGCGAUCGUUCGGUCGGGCCGAGCGCUGCGGCACCGAAGCCCACGUGGGACCCGGCUCCUACCAGGUGCCUUGCCCGAAGGAGCGAGGGGCAGGCGGCUACGCUCCGUUUCUUUCGUUGGCCAACCGAGACAGUGGUUUCAUGGUCCGCCAUCCUGAGGAUGUUUCUCCGGGACCGGGUCACUAUGACAUUCCAGAAGCUCAGAACAAAGUUAAAGGUUGCAUGAGCCUGCAGAACAGAGAGAUGCGUUUUAAGACGCUUACGUCGAUCAUUCCCGGACCUGGCAGUUACGAUCAGUCUUACCGGGGGACACUGCAGAUUAUGAAAAACAAAUUGAAAGAGGCUCCACCGCAUUUUCAAUUGAAAAUGGCAACAAACCAGAAACUUUGCCCAAAGGUAGAUGUUCCAUCUAUUCCUUCUCCCGGACAGUCUUUCGGAUAUCAAAUAAAUGAAGAUGGCACCGUCUUAAGACAGUUCCCACCGCCCAGCGAUAAAACCCUGGGUCCAGCAUACUACAAACCCAUGUUGGACGGUCCGUACUCUACUAGGAAGUACAGAGGUGUCUAUUUCGGCCAUCUGACGGGAAGGCGAGAGGCGAUUCAAAGAGGAGGCCCGGGCCCGGGGGACUACGAUAUAAUGCGGGAAGGUACCGUGCAUUACGAGAACGUCAACAUCAAGAAGGAAGAGAAGACGAAAGGUGGCCCUUUCCUCCCCCGGUAUUAUGAAGUAAUAGCUUUGCGAGAAGAAAAGAAGGGAGUACCAGGACCCGGGAAGUACAACAUUAAAAGUCAGUUUGAAAAGGCGGAGAGCGUGACUCCAAAAGGCAGUGAGAUGCUUCAUCCUCCUUUCCUGUCACAAGCCAAAAGAUUCGUACCCGUGAAAUCAAUCACCCCGGCUCCCGGCACCUAUGAUGAACCUCGCACAGCCCUGGAGUCCUUGAAGAAAACGUCCGGACUCAGAACGACCCCGUUCGGUCAAACGGCCACGCGGUUCCCGGCAGGCUGCGGAUUAGAGGAGACACCAGGUCCCGCAUAUUAUGAUAUUUUCCACGACGGAAAUACCAGUGAUGGAUGGAGAAAGUCAUGCUGGGAGAAAGCAAGGAAAGACGCAUUUGGAUCCUCUGCUCCCCGUAUUUUCCACCAUAUUAAGAGAGAAGCUUUUAGUUCUCCCGGGCCAGCCGAUUAUCAGAUGGUGGAUCUCCCUAAGGAACACCCCAGAUCAGAAAAACCAGCUUCUGCGUUCUUGUCAAAAACAGAAAAGAAGACUCCAGUGGCCACCCCGCCUGCUCCAGCACCGGGCAGCUAUGAAGUUCAAAAAUCAUUUGAGAAAUCACGCGGAAAAUCUGUCUUCAUGCCACCUCGAACAUCUGUGGCCAGAAGAAAACACGCAUCCUUCCUUAGCGGCUCUCCUCGCUAUCCGGAGUGUAAGCCGGGUGGCCCAGGACCGGGAACCUACAACCCUGUGGUGAAGGCAGCUUCCAACUUUCCCCUGUUCGGUAACAGGGGCGAACGUUUUAAGGAGCAGAAAGAGAUUACACCUGGUCCUGGGGCAUAUGAGCUCAGCCCGGUUUUUAGAGACACAGUCCUGAAGGGCACUUUUAAUGCCACCUUGCCUAAUCCUCUGUUGAAACCAGUGGAAAACCCACCAACCAGACCUGACCCUUUAGGAGAGAAACUUGGGAUACCAAAAUGAGAACUCUUCAUGCUGAAGCAAAACCCGAAGAUUCUCUGGAAGCUUUUCAGCAGUCACAAAAAUUCUGACCCUAAACCAUUCUGGAAGAGCCCUGUAUGACAUACAGAUGUCAGCCACCAGCAGAUGCCUGAGGAAUUUCUUGGAUAUCCUUGAUCUAAGAAUCGGUGCCUUAAUGACCAUGUUGCUACCCAACAAGAAGUCUUCACUAAAUUCCUACUUCACAUAGCACCUUAUAAACUCCCAACAUUCACCAAGGAACCUGCUAGCAUUUUGCACUGCGGCAUCCAAACCAUUUUGACAACUGAAUGGCAAACUCCCAGAAAAUAUAGGUACAUUCAAGGAUCAUCAUGGAAACAUUAAAACAGUUUGGAAAGGCAAGAAAACAUUAAUUCAUAAACUAAAGAAACACUGUGGCCAAGUGGAAAUAUCCCAGGCCCGCGAAUAAGAGGAUCGGUGUUCUAAUCCCAGAUACGCGACUUGACUGCUGUGUGACCUUGAGCAAGUCAUUUCUCUUCUCUGUC